ACGGGUAAAAAAAAAUAAAACAUAAAAAUGAAAGCCUCCAUUCCUCUUCUGAUCCUGCUUCAUGCCGUCGUGGUCCAGUGCCUGAAAAUGGUGUCAAAGAGAGGCUCAGUGGAAGGCUGCACAGAUUGGUCGGUGGACUACCUGAAAUACAAAGUGCUUCUGGGGGAACCUGUGCGGAUCAAGUGUGCUUUAUUCUAUGGAUAUAUCCGAGCCAAUUACACCCAUGCACAAAGCGCCGGACUCAGUCUCAUGUGGUACAAAAGUGCAGGACAUGGGGAUUUUGAGGAGCCCAUCAGUUUUGAUGGCAUGAGGAUGAGCAAGGAGGAGGAUGCCAUAUGGUUUCGACCAGCAGAAUUGGACGACGUGGGGUACUAUUCCUGUGUGUUAAGGAACUCCACAUACUGCAUGAAAGUGUCCAUGUCUCUGACUGUAGCGGAGAAUGAUACGGACCUCUGCUACAACUCGAAAAUGAGGUUCUUUGAGAAGGCGGAGCUAAGCAAAAGCAAAGACAUCACCUGCCCAGGCAUUGAUGAUUACAUCCAGCCGGGAGUGGAGCCAGAGGUUUUUUGGUAUAAGGAGUGCAAGCCGAAGCAGUGGAGACAAACCAUAGAAAGGAGGCGGGACACGCUGUCAAUCAAGGAAGUAACAGAAGACGACAUUGGGAAUUACACGUGUGAAUUACAGUUUGGAAACUUUGUGGUGCGGAGGACGACUGAGUUAUCCGUCACAGCUCCCUUGACAGACAAGCCUCCAAAAAUCCUGUUUCCUUCAGAGAACCAAGUGAGCAUCAUAGAGAUGGCAUUAGGUAGUCCUGUCAACCUGACGUGCCGCGCAUUCUUUGGAUACAGUGGAGACGUCAGUCCACUUAUCUACUGGAUGAAGGGGGAGAAGUUCAUCGAGGACCUGGAUGAGGAGAGGGUUCAGGAGAGCGACAUUAAGACAAUCCGCGAGCACCUGGGGGAGCAGGAAGUAUCCAUUUCACUGACUAUUGACUCUCUGGAGGACAGUGACCUGGGAAACUACUCCUGCUACGUGGAGAACGGCAAUGGGCGCCGGCAAGCUAACAUCCAGCUUGCUAAGAAAGCGGAGCUGAUGUACACAGUGGAGCUGGCCGGAGGUCUGGGAGCUAUCCUCAUUUUGCUAAUCUGUCUGGUGACGCUCUACAAGUGCUACAAGAUAGAGCUCAUGCUCUUCUACAGGAACCACUUUGGCAGCGAGGAUAUAGAUGGAGAUAACAAGGACUACGAUGCCUACCUGUCCUAUACCAAAGUGGACCCAGACCACUGGAGCCAGGAGACCAAAGAGGAAGAGCGCUUUGCUCUGGAAAUCCUCCCUGACAUCUUGGAGAAGCAUUAUGGGUAUAAACUCUUCAUUCCAGACAGGGACUUGAUCCCCACAGGAAGUUUCACCAAUGAUCAUUUCCAGGAUGACACAAGACUACUUAGAGCCUACAUCGAGGAUGUAGCGCGCUGUGUGGAUCAGAGCAAGCGGCUCAUCAUUGUCAUGACGCCCAGCUACGUUGUCCGCAGGGGGUGGAGCAUCUUUGAGCUGGAGACGAGGCUGCGCAACAUGCUGGUGACCGGUGAGAUCAAAGUUAUCCUGAUCGAGUGCGCCGAGCUGCGUGGCAUCAUGAACUACCAAGAAGUGGAAGCCCUCAAACACACGAUCAAGAUGCUAACGGUCAUCAAGUGGCGCGGGCCAACCAGCAACAAGCUCAGCUCCAAGUUCUGGAAGCAGCUUCUCUAUGAGAUGCCCUUCAAGCGCAUGGAGCCCCUGAGCAUCUCCCACGAGCAGGUGCUGGAGGUCAGUGAGCAGGGCCCAUUUGGCGAGCUCCAAACCGUCUCGGCCAUCUCCAUGGCGGCAGCCACUUCCACUGCCAUGGCGACAGCACACCCGGACUUGCGCUCGUCAUUCCACAACUCUUGCCACACGCAAAUGAGGCAUAAACACUAUUACCACAGCUACGACUACGACCUGCCGCCCGGCAGCACGCUCCCGCCUCUCUCCUUAGUAGGCAACCAGCACACCUACUGCAACAUCCCCAUGACGCUCAUCAACGGACAGCGACCACAGUCCAAGUCAGCGCGCCAGCAGAGUCUAGAGGAGAGUCACGGCAACAAUGCCAUGUUGCCACUGCUGCCCAGAGAGACCAGCAUUUCCAGCGUCAUCUGGUGACAAGGCGAACGUGUCUGUGGAUCUGUUUGACGUCUGUCACAGGAAAACCUGUUGCUGGCGCCAGUGGACCCAACUAACACUAAACUACUUGCUGCUGUUGAAUUUGCACCCGGAAACAACAGGAAGUGGGCAGAUGGUGGGGAAAAAUGGGGCGCCGUUGGACACAGGAGUGGUGGCAGAUUUACUCUUCUUUUUUUUCUUUUUGUCUAGUAAGAGCUUUUCAUGAACCUAAAGAACUGAAAAAGUGAAAAGUUUUCUGUAUGCCUGUAUAAACACUCACAUAACACAAGCCAACACCGAUGAUAAUUUACCCAGAAGGUCGAGGAAAACAGGGUCCUGUAUAUACGUUUUCUAAUUCUUUGUAGCAUCAGUGUUUGGGACUUCUUUAUGUUUUAUCAUUAGUUGGACCUUUUAUUUCUCAGUUUGUACAAAAGUGAAGUAAUGGCCUGUGAGACAUGUUGAUGACUUUUCUUCCUUGGGGGGGGGGGGGGCGCUGGUGUAGUUCAUGAAGCCUUUGUUUUUCAGGGGGUAAAUGUUGCAACCUUGAGAUGAUGGUUUGGAUCUUCAAGAGUUUAUGUUCUGUUAGCUGAUGUAAGCAUUUAAGUUUUUUUUUUUUUUUUAAAGGACUCAACUAAAAUAUGCAACAUAUGGAGUCCAGAGAGUGUGAAAAGGCUAUUUUAUGAGAAUGCUUUUGGAAAACUCUGUUACAGGGACAAUCUUUCACAAUGACUGAACUGCACACUGCCCCUAAAUCCUCUUUUUCAGCAUUUCUUUCGUUUCAAAGUUGUAAAUGUACAGUUAAAAAUAAAAAGUCCUCCAGUCCAUAUAAUCAUAGGGAGA